UUUAUUUAAUAUAUUCCGCCGCGUCAUCUCCGACGGCAAGAGACGCCGUCAAUUGCUCCGCUUACUACUUUCUCUUCGCUCCCACAGUCCCACUCCUCUCGAGUCGACCCCCGAUCCCCGCUCCGGAGAUUAGUUAGGGCGUCCGCGGGUCUAUUAAUGGAAGCUGGCCUCGCCCUCGCCCUCGUUGUGCUGGUCCUCCUCCUCCAGGCCGGCGCCAACUCGUCGUCCCCGAUCGGCAUCAACUACGGGCAGGUCGGCGACGACCUCCCCUCCCCGGCGUCCGUCGUCCCGCUGCUCCGCUCCCUCGGCGCCGCCCGCGUGCGCCUCUACGACGCCGACCCCAGCGUGCUGUCGGCCCUGGCCGGCACCUGCGUGGAGCUCGCCGUCGGCCUCCCCGACAGCCUCGUCCCGCGGCUCCGCGAGCCCGGCGCCGCCGCCGCCUGGGUCCGGUCGGCCCUCCUCCCCCACGUGCCCGCCGCCAACGUCUCCCUCGUCACCGUCGGCAACGAGGUCCUCUCCGGCAACGACUCGGCCCUCGCCCGCGCCCUCGUGCCCGCCAUGGACGCCCUCCGCGCCGCCCUCGACGCCGCCGGGCUCGGGGGCCGCGUGGCCGUGACCACCGCGCACUCGCUCGCCGUCCUCGCGUCCUCGUUCCCGCCCUCGUCCGCCGCGUUCCGGCGCGAGCUCCUCCCCUUCGUGGGCCCGCUCCUGGACUUCCACGCGCGGACCCGCUCGCCCUUCCUCGUGAACGCCUACCCCUACUUCGCCUACAAGGCGGAUCCCGAGCGGGUCGACAUCGACUACGCGCUCUUCGGGCCCAACCCGGGGGUGGUGGACCCCGGCACGGGCCUGCGCUACGAGAACAUGCUGCACGCGCAGGUGGACGCCGUGCGCGCGGCGAUCGCGCGCGCGGGGAAGGAGGCCGGGGAGGUGGAGGUGGUGGUGUCGGAGACGGGGUGGCCGUCGGCGGGGGACGAGGGCGAGGCCGGGGCGACGCCCGAGAACGCCGCCAGGUACAACGGCAACCUCAUGCGGAUGGUCGCCGAGGGCAGGGGCACCCCCUCCGCGCCCGGCAGGCCGCUGCGCCUACGUCUUCGCCUCUUCAACGAGAACCUCAGCCGGACCGCAUCGGAGCGCCACUACGGUCUUCAACCCGACGGCACGCCGCCU